AUGAGAUCAAUUACAAAGACUCCAAUGGCAAGACAGUUCACACUUCUAAGUCAAAGAAGACUAAUAUCCACAGCUAGGGUCAACAGAAACACUACCCCAAAGCAACCAGAAGAGAAGAAACCACAACCUAUUUCACCACACGCUGCUUUUUACAAAGAUUUUGGCACGCCAUUAGUGAAGGUCCUUGGGGUAACGUUUGUGACGUAUUACGGUCUUCAGUACCUAUGGGAAUAUCUUGACUCGCAAGAACCUGAGGAACAUCCAAAUAUUCAACCAAUUAAUGUGAAAAAUGAUGAUUAA